GACUACACCCAUUAGGCUUGCACCCUGGGUGGACAAGCACGCGUUUUGGCCCAGUCUCAGCUUGUUGGGAAGCAGUCAGCUAUGAGGCUUCAUUAUCUGCUAUUUGUAUUCCUCGUCUUGUUCUUGGUGCCUGCUCCAGGGGAUGCAUUUAUCCCGAAAAGCCUUCGAAGAUUUUUCUGCAGAGUAAGAGGCGGUCGGUGUGCUAUACUUAACUGUCUUACAUCGGAAGAACAAAUAGGUCAAUGUUCUAAGAGAGGUCGAAAAUGCUGCCGAAAGAAGAAGUAGAAGACCCAGAUUCAAAUCGAGAAUGCCACCACCGUGCAGGGUGAGGGUGGGGGAGGUCUUCCUGGGAAUGUAUAAAA